AUGGAUGAAAUGAAGCGCCAGAUCAGAGAACAGAACACUCAGAAGGACUACUUCAAGUCCGAGAUGAACGAGAUUGGAAAGGAUGUGUCGAGCAUGAGCGACAAGCUUACGCGCAAGAUUGACGACUCGGCGCGCAAGAUCAGCGACUCGACCUACGACCGCAUCAAGGACCUCCAGAACCACAUCUCCAACUUCCAGCUCGACUUGAGCUAUCUCAAGUCAGACAUCACCAACAUCAAGAUGGACGUGAAGGACUGCAACAAGAGACUCAUGGACACACUGCACGAGCUCAGGGCGGUGAACAACAGCAACAAGCACCUGGCCGAGCAGGAGCACAUUGACAACUCAUUCAAUGAGAUCAAGCGACUGCUGGACACAUCCAACAAGGACGCUUCAUUUGGUGGCUCAAUGAUGAAGAAGCUCUAUCCCAUCGAUGCACUCUCCAACAAGUUGUUCAAUGUCGAGGAGAAGAUCGACACUAUGGGCACCAAUCUGGUGGAGCACAUCGAGACUCUCAAGACUGAGCUCCUCAAUCAGAGUACCACUGUCGCUGCUGGCACUGUCACCGAGGAGAAGGAGAAGAAGAAGACCACUGCAACAAGGAAGAAGGCCAGUUAA